AUGUCGGACAUUGUCAAAGGCGUCAGCAACUUGUUUGCCUCCAUCUUUGAGAUCAUCAGAGGCAUCUUCGUCACGGUGUUCAACAUCUUCGAAGGCGCAUUGAACGCGGCCAUUGGCCUCCUCAAAAACACGUUCAAUGCCGCCGAAGGUGUGCUCGGCUUCAUCGUUGGGAACAUCUUCAUCAUUGGGACGCUGUGCGCCAUCUACUUCGGGUAUGUCUUGUACCAACAACGUCAGGGCAAACGACCGGCUCCAAUCUCGAAAGCGGCAACGGGGAAGACUCAAUGA